AUGUCAUACCAAAAUCCACCAGCUUAUGAUCAAGUGGUCCCACCAGCAUACAAUCCGGAUUAUGCACCCACUCAGCCAGUAUAUCACCCGAAUAAUCAUGUAACCUCACCACCAUUUCACUUCCAUGACAAUGGUGGUUUUGAGAACAUUGCGGAUGUUCAUUCUCCGGUGUACACAACAAUGGCGUCUGGACCGAUGCCAUCUUCUACUGUCAUCAUUCGUCUGGAACCGCAUGCCACAAAAUUGCAGUGUCCGUAUUGUCGGAUGGACAUUGUGACUUGUACCAAAUCUGUCUACGGCUUAUUGACCUGGAUCUUCUUUGCAGCUCUUUUCCUUUUUGGCUGCUGGUGUUGUUGCUUCUUGCCGUUCUGUCUACGUUCCUGCAAAGACAUCAUUCACACAUGUCCAAACUGUCGUGCUAUGAUCGGAAUACAUCGACGGAUCUGA